CAUGAAAAAUCCCCAAUGGCUCAUCACGUCCUCCUCCUCCUCCUCCUCCUCCUCUCCCUCGCCGCGGCGGCCGCGGUCGCCGCCGCCGACGCCGACGCCGACGCCGACGCCGAGGACCCCCUAAUCCGUCAGGCGGUGCCCGGCGGCGACGACAACGACCGGGAUCUGAACGCGGAGUCCCACUUCCUGAGCUUCGUGCAGCGGUUCGGCAAGUCCUACAAGGACGCCGACGAGCACGCGUACCGACUGUCCGUGUUCAAGUCCAACCUGCGCCGCGCGCGCCGCCACCAGCUGCUGGACCCGUCGGCGGAGCACGGCAUCACCAAGUUCUCCGACCUGACGCCGGCCGAGUUCCGCCGGACCUACCUCGGCCUCCGCAAGUCCCGGCGCGCGCUCCUCAGGGAGCUCGGGGGCUCGGCGCACGAGGCGCCCGUGCUCCCCACCGACGGCCUCCCCGAGGACUUCGACUGGAGGGACCACGGCGCCGUCGGCCCCGUCAAGAACCAGGGUGCGCACUAUCUCGCUACCGGCAAGCUGGAGGUGCUCUCCGAGCAGCAGUUUGUCGACUGCGACCAUGAGGGCCGUGGCGUCAAGGCAAACAAGCUGAAUGCGCUUCCUCUGGAAACUGUGAGCUCUUUGAAAGAACCUGUCGGCAUUGUCUUCUCGGAUGAACUGGGCGGGUUGUCGAAAGAAUCGACUGAAUCUGAGGGGCAAGAAUUGCCAUCGAGAAAGGCAGGGGAGCACAAGAGCUGCGUGCUCUCUGAAGUCACGGCGGCUGCUGAUGGCAUCGAAGUGCUCGAGCAAGUGCCGAGGCGGGAGGCACAGGAUGGUGGCUUGGUGAGUACCGACUCAGAAGAGCAAGAGAAAACCACCGGAUCACAGCAGCAAUCAUCUUCAGAGGAAAUUUUACUGGAGACUAUGCCUAAACAGACAUCUGACAAGUUUGUUGCGGAGAACUCCCUAACAGCUAGAACAGAUGGUAAAACUAAAAGCUUUGUUUUGCCUGAUACGCGGAUCCGGAAUAUCAAGGAUCAGUUAAUCAAGGCAAAAGUCUACCUUGGCCUUGGAUCCAUUAGAGCAAAUUCCCAGUACCUAAAAGACUUAAGGCAGAGGAUACGAGAAGUCCAAAAGGUGCUUGGUGAUGCAUCUAAGGACACUGAUCUACCAAAGAAUGCAAAUGAGAAGGUUAAAGCACUGGAGCAGAUGCUGAUUAAGGGCAGACAGAUGCAGGAUGAUUGUUCUAUUGUUGUCAAAAAGCUUCGAGCUAUGCUUCACUCAGCAGAGGAGCAGCUGCAUGCACACAAGAAGCAGACUGUUUUUCUGACACAACUUGCAGCUAAAACCCUUCCUAAAGGUCUUCACUGCCUCCCCCUGAGGCUAGCUAACGAAUACUUUUCAUUGGAUCCUGAUCGGCAGCAGUUCCCAAACCAACAUAAACUCACUAACCCAAAACUGUAUCAUUAUGCCUUGUUCUCGGAUAAUAUACUAGCAACAGCAGUUGUUGUAAAUUCAACAGUGUUAAAUGCCAAGCAUCCUUCUGAUCAUGUCUUCCACAUAGUAACUGACAGACUGAAUUAUGCUCCAAUGAGAAUGUGGUUCCUUUCUAAUCCUCCUGGAAAGGCAACAAUUGAAGUACAGAACAUUGGGGAGUUUACAUGGCUAAAUGACAGCUACAGUCCAGUGCUCAAACAACUUGGGUCUCAGUCCAUGAUUGAUUACUACUUUGGAACAAAUCGUGCAAACCCAGAUUCAAAUUUGAAAUACCGAAAUCCAAAAUAUUUGUCAAUCCUUAAUCAUUUGCGAUUUUACUUACCUGAGAUUUAUCCAAAGCUUGACAAGAUGGUCUUUCUUGAUGAUGAUAUAGUAGUAAAGAAGGAUCUGACUGGCCUCUGGUCAAUCAAUAUGAAGGGGAAGGUAAAUGGUGCUGUCGAGACUUGUGGAGAGAGCUUCCAUCGCUUCGAUCGUUACCUGAAUUUCUCAAAUCAUGUUAUUGCCAAGAAUUUUGACCCCCAUGCUUGUGGUUGGGCUUUUGGAAUGAAUGUGUUUGAUCUGGCUGAAUGGAAGAGGCAGAACAUAACCCAAAUCUAUCACUCAUGGCAGAAGCUUAAUCAAGACAGAUCGCUUUGGAAACUUGGCACUCUCCCUCCAGGUUUGAUCACAUUCUGGAACAAGACAUUCCCCCUCAGCCGGUCGUGGCAUGUUCUUGGUCUAGGUUACAACCCCCAUGUAAACAGCAGAGACAUUGAACGUGCCGCAGUCAUACAUUACAAUGGCAACAUGAAGCCCUGGCUAGAGAUUGGCCUGCCCAAGUUCCAAAGCUACUGGUCAAAGUAUCUAGAUUAUGACCAACCUUUCCUGCAGGAAUGCAACAUCAAUCCAUAAAGGAAGAUUGCACUUUCAAUCCCAUCUGACAUAACCAAUAGCUUGUUUUUUUUUGUGCUGAUAUGCUCUGUAGUCUAGUUAGCCUAAUAUUCAUUGAAUUCGCGUUUUAGAUUCUGGUUGCUAAUCAAAUUGCUUCUUGUUAACCCCUCUGCAUAAUUGCAGAUAUAGUUGUAAUGCUUGAAAGUACAUGAUUUAGAGCAAGAAACAAAAAUGUAGUGGAACACCCUCGCCAUUCUGUACUGAAUAGUUCACUGCAGCUUUGGUCACCAGAAAGUUGAACUCAGUUCAAAUGACAAAUUGUAUUCAACUGGAUAUCAUAUUGCACUCAUCA